AUGACUGUGGUAUCAGCGAUGAUAAAUGUAGUGCAAAGCUCAUCAAUUCGAGCAUUAGAUGGCAUGGGAAAUACAGUCGAAUGGUGGGCUGUGCUUAAGCUUCCAUCGCAUAUCCAAUCAUCGUCUGGUGUCGUAAUUCCAAAUCCAUGUGACUGUCCUGUGCCAGAUUGUCGCAAUGUAGCGACCUCGGAAUCCAAAAGUCGACAAACUCGAGGAAAAGGACUUUGCUAUCUAUAUGCAGACUCGAGAAUGCCGGAAUUUCGUUACUUUCGAGAUAUUGGCUACGAAUGUUUAGGCCAAGGUGGCAAUGAUCCACUAAGUCACACGUUAAAACAGCGCGAGAAAAGUGCAUAUUGGGCAUAUUUCAACGAUCAAUUCAAUGGCAUUGCUGCUGCUUUUCAUACGCGAAAUAGCACAACAACUCAAGAGAUGAAACAUGUUUGUAAUGGUGGUGAUGUCUUUAGUGCUCAUGCAAAAGGAGCUGUAGCUUUUCAAAAUGAUUCAACUGGUGGUUUCUUUCUUCAAACGUCGACACCAAAUUAUCCUGAUCCAACACGAAAUGAUUCUUUUGUGAAUUUAGGAUGUCAAGUUGAUAAUAAUGUGCAAUUCGCACAACAUGUCGUUGCCAUGUCAUUAGAUGAUCUCGAACUUCAUAAACUUGCACAAGAGCUACAGCUUGCAAGAUUGUGUUCAAGUAACUUUUACAAUGACGAGAAUUUUCGUACAUUGUUAAGAAGUGAUUCUUUAGAUCAAGAUGGAAAAGAAGAGGAAAAUACAACUGCUGCAGCCUUUUAUCAAGCACUUUUGAAUCCAAAUUUACCACUUCCGAAGCCUAUGGAUCCCAUGAAAGCUGAAUUUCGAUUAAAGUUGUCACAAACGAGUCGGAAUGUGUAUAUUCCACUUGAAAAAGAUCAAAAGCUUGUAGAUUUGAGUUCAUUUAAUGAUCAGCAAGAAGUUCGUGUUCUCGUGAAAAGUCCACGAGCUACUGUACCACCGUGGGCAUUAGUUGCUGAAAUGCUUGAUUCAGAUAUUAGUGUGGCUUCAUGGUGGGAUGGAAGCUAUGGCAUUCCGAUUAUUUGUGCUGGUGAUAAGUACACACAUUCACCUUAUGAGUUUUGUUUGAAUAAUCCAUCCACUGGUGUGAAAUUAAACGCAGAUGGAUCUGCUCCAUAUAAUAUUGAGAAUCUGAUGCAUGCUACGUGGCGAAUGAAUGAUAAUGAUACCUUUUUGACGUGGCAAUUAAUUGGUGGACAACUUCUUGAUGGGAAUCAUGCAAAAUGGGGCUUGACAACACCUCGUAGUGGCUAUAGAAAUCUUACAAAUGCUUAUGUUAUCUUUGGUGAUCUCAAUAUGGAAGGAUAUCCAUGUUCGAAACAGUGCAAUGGGUCACAAGCAGGACGAGGUGGAACCUUUUUUUCGUUGAUGGAACCAAGAAUGCACAAAAGUUUGAGUGAAAAUGUCAUUUCGGAUACUUGUCGAUGUGUUUCACCUGAUGGAGAAGUACGAAAGGAAAGAAUUGAACUAGAUGCUGAUGGAUUUUCGACAUUUGAACACUUGCAACGUGAAUAUCUUCGUGGUGCGAGACGCAAAGCCCAAACGGCCGAUUAUUUUGACGUGGAUGAUGGUACAGAUGAAGAAAAGAAAGUUGCUGCAACAGGGGACGAAGUGGAUCCACUUGAUGCUUUUAUGGAGGAUAUUGAUGCACAAGUGAAGCAACAACGCCAAGCACCUCCGAAACAAGUGGCGGACAAGCCACAAGUAUUGAAUCUUGAUGAUGACGAAAGCAACUAUUUUGAGAAAGUUGCACGGACUAAUAAAUAUCCCCAAGAAUUUGAUAAUUCCGACGAUGAAGUGUAUGAAAUGGCAAAGGAUUUGGAUACAGACGCUUUGGAAGAAAUGAAACGUAAAGAAAUGGAAAUUCUCACUCCACUCGAUCAUGCCACAAUCGAGUAUGAAAGUUUUCGUAAAAACUUUUACACGCCACAUCGUGACAUCUGCAAAUUAAGUGACACUGAAGUGGCAACGUUACGCUCCAAAUUAAAUGUUUGCGUCCAUGGAGCUCAAGUGGCAACUCCAGUACAAUCAUUUUUACAUCUUGGAUUUGAUCGUAAAAUUGUGCAAAUGCUUCGAAAACUGAAUCUUGAAACUCCAACAGCAAUUCAAGCACAAGCAAUACCAGUUGCUUUAUCAGGACAUGAUGUCAUUGGCAUUGCCAAAACUGGAUCUGGUAAAACUUUAGCUUUUACUUUGCCACUUGUACAUCAUAUUAUGGACCAAAGAACAUUAAAACGAGGGGAAGGACCAAUUGCAAUUAUUUUGGCCCCGACACGAGAAUUGGCCCGUCAAACAUACAUUCUAGUGAAAAAGUUUGUGAGUAUGUUUAAUGCAUCAUGUGCUGCAAUUUAUGGUGGUGCUAGCAAGUACGAACAAGUCCAAGCAUUAAAAAAAGGAGUUGAAGUGAUUAUUGCAACACCUGGACGUUUGAUUGAAAUGAUUCGAAAGAAAAUUGUGGUCAUGAAUCGUGUGACGUUUGUGGUACUGGAUGAAGCAGAUCGAAUGUUUGAAAUGGGAUUUGAGCCACAAGUGCGUUCAAUUAUGGGUCAAAUUCGUCCUGAUCGACAAACACUCAUGUUUUCUGCAACUUUUCGUUCUAGGAUACAAGCACUUGCUCUUGAUGUACUAAAUGAUCCAGUGAAAUUGACUAUAGGACACAUGGGACAAGCAAAUGAAGAAAUUCGACAAGUUGCAAUUGUUUUACCAAAUCAUGGUGCGAAAUGGCCUUGGCUUAUGUCAAAAGUUGAAAUGUUAGUGACCGAUGGUCGUUUGCUUAUCUUUGCUAAUAGUAAAACUGGAUGUGAGACAUUGGCUACAAACUUGGGAUUAGCGUGUCCUACAAUUUCUGUCUUAUCUUUGCAUGGUGAUAAAACGCAACAUGAACGUACAGAUGUUUUGCGUCAAUUUAAACAAGGCAAAUGUCAAGUGUUAAUUGCCACUGAUGUGGCAGCGCGUGGUUUAGAUGUGAAAAAUGUGAAAACUGUCGUGAAUUUUGAUGUGGCAAAGACUAUUGAUACUCAUAUCCAUCGUAUUGGUAGAACUGGACGUAUGAGUCACGAUGGGGUCGAGCCUGGAACGGCGUAUACGCUUGUAACACGCCUCGAGUCGCAGUUUGCAGCGCAAUUAGUAUACAAUAUGGAUGUGUCAGGACAAAAAGUGUCCGAGGAAUUAGUUGCACUUGCACAAAAAGAUGGACGAUUUCGACGUGGCAAACAUGCAACAAAGUGGCAAAAAGAAAAUAGUCAAAAAGAAUGUGAAGAAAGUAAAGAAGAGCGAUUAUUAGAUGCUUCGGAUGUAGCAGAAUUGCAGCGAUAUCAUGAUAGUCAACGAAAGACUAAAGCUGAGCAACGUCAAGGUGUGGGAUUUGGUCAUUUCAACGCACGAAAAAAAGUAGUGCAUCCUGUUGCAUGUGCACCUGCCACAAAAUUGGCAAAUGCAUUUCGCUCAGGGUUUGUCAAGUCGACACUUGAUAUUGAUGCAAAUGCAACUUUUUGUGCACCUUCUACUACUUCAGCACCUUCUACUACUUCAGCUAUCUCAAGUUCGAUCAUUCCAUCCGACGCCACAAAACUUUCUCCUAUCACUACCUCAAGUAUUGAUCAAGUCUCAGAGAAAGUAAAGCACGUUCAAGAAGUCGACAAAGAUAUUACAGUCGUAGCCAUUCAAAAUCAAGAAAUCGAUAUCGUUCAAAUUCUUCUGAACGUGAUUCUCGUCGAUGCCAUCGCUACAAGCGACAAAACAGUAGAUCGAGUCCAAGUUCAAGUCCAAGUCCAAGACGUCGACGUCGCUCAGUAUCACGCUCACGUUCGAGAUAUCGAAGACGUUAAGAAAUUCUUGAAACAAUUUAAAGUCAUUUUUUUUUUUGCUUUUCGAAAAAGUUUUCAAUGUGCUUGA